AUGGAUCGAUCAAGGGGCGCUGAAGAGCCUACCGCAGAAAUAGCGUCGUACCAGCGAGUCAGCGGCAACGAAGGCAAUGAAGAUUUCUCUACAUCCGCUCUGCAACAUGCAGACAGCCUGGCAAAAGACGAAGCAUCAAGAUUGAAAGACCUCGCUACAGAUGUACGCGACCAGGACGAUCUAGAGCGUGAUGUUCACCGCCAGGCCGAUCAGCUGUUGAAUGAGCAAGCAGAUGAAAGGGAUCAAAAGCGUCUUGAGAAAACCGAAAUUGAGAAGGGAAGGCUGGAGAAUCAGCUCAAGCGGCUUCGCGAACGCCGCAACCGCCAACCUGGAUCUGCCACCAAGCUUCGCCUCGACAAUGAGAUCGCUCACCUUGAGGCACAAGUCAGAACCAUUGAAACAGACCUUUUUCAAAUAAAGGAACGUAUCCAACAGCGACACGAGGAAGUUCAGGAGGAUGAACCUCAGGAGGAGGUCUCAGGUGGGAACAGGAGGCUACCUCAUGAGAGCCAGCGAGAUUUUCUUAUUCGGACUGGAAAGAUCACCCCGUUCUCUAAGAUGCCAGGGAGAAAUCUCGGACGCACAGAGUCUUCUUUACAAGGUGUUCUUCUGGAUGCCGAAGAGGAACACGAAGCCCAAGACGAGGGUGUUGAACCGGUUGCUGAGGCUGCAUCUCACCGAGUUUUAUUGCAACCUGGCUUUGCAUCCGCCGAGAUCGGUGACGUAGAUAAUGGACCUCACCCGAUAGACAGACCAAGGAAGCGAAGACGACUUGAGCGACCUCAAGGGCCUGUCCAGAGGCAAGCAGCGCUGAAUCCACCAUACCAAAAUGACGUUGAUAAUAUUGAAAAGCAGAAUGCUUCCGAUGGAGACGGUAGUGAUUUUGAUCCACAGUCUGGUGAUGAUCAUCCAAGAGGCUUACGCGCAUCUUCGCACGAAACAGAUGAUGGCUUUGAGCCUUCUGAUUCGGAGGAUAUGUCGUUUUCGAGAAACUCUGAGCAACGAUCUCGUAAGUCGCACAACACUAGUCAGAUCGAAGACUUUGCCGGGCUUGAUGAUGGAAACGAGAGACUCUACCAAAAAAGGCUCCGCAAAUGGACCGAUAGUAGAAGGGCUGCUCGUCAUUUGGCCUCCACAGAGCGUUUUGAUCGGCAUGCGGAAUCAACUGACCUUGCAAUUAAAGCCGAAGAUGGUGACCGCAAUGUCCUUGACAUAGUCAAUGCUGAGCAUGAGGCCGAGUGCUUCUUACCGCAUCCAUCGAGGGAGGACACAACGUUAGAGGGCGGUCUGAACAUCCCUGGGGACGUACAUCCUUCUCUAUUCGACUAUCAGAAGACAGGCGUGCGAUGGCUCUGGGAACUCUAUUCACAGCAGGUGGGUGGGAUUGUGGGCGAUGAAAUGGGACUCGGCAAGACGAUACAGGUAAUAGCCUUUCUUGCUGGGUUACAUUACAGUAAGAGACUCGCGAAGCCAGUCAUUAUUGUUGCACCUGCUACAGUGAUGAAACAGUGGGUCAAUGAGUUUCACACUUGGUGGCCGCCAUUACGAGUUUCGAUCUUGCAUAGUUCUGGAAGCGGAAUGAUAGACGUUGGUAAAGAGGCUCUAGACGAAGACGAAUUACUUACACGCCUUCCUUCAACGAAUAAGAGAGAGCAGCAUUCAAAAUCUGCCAUGAACGCCAGGAGAAUCGUUGAUCGCGUCAUCAACGAGGGUCAUGUCCUUGUGACGACUUAUUCUGGCCUCCAAAGCUUUGCUGAAUUGCUUAUACCAGUAAAUUGGGAAUAUGCUGUCCUUGAUGAAGGCCACAAGAUUCGUAAUCCAAACACUUCGAUCACUAUCUAUUGCAAAGAGCUUCGGACAGCGAAUCGUGUCAUACUGUCUGGAACACCAAUGCAAAACAAUCUUAUCGAAUUGUGGUCGCUGUUCGAUUUUGUAUUUCCGAUGCGAUUGGGAACACUUGUUAAUUUCCGCCAGCAAUUUGAGUUUCCCAUACGCCAGGGUGGGUAUGCAAAUGCCUCAAAUCUGCAGAUACAGACUGCCACGAAAUGUGCAGAGACCCUCAAAGACACAAUUUCGCCAUAUCUCUUGCAAAGGUUCAAAGCCGAUGUGGCCUCCGAUCUGCCAAAGAAAUCGGAGCAAGUGCUGUUCUGUAAACUUACCAAAAUCCAACGAGAUGCAUAUGAGAAUUUUCUGGCUUCUGAUGAAAUGAAAUCCAUCAUGAACGGGAAAAGGCAGAUGCUCUUUGGCGUGGACAUCUUGCGAAAGAUAUGCAAUCAUCCAGAUCUUGUCGAUCAUAGGAAUUUGUCGAUCAAGCCUGCCUACAAUUACGGAAGUGGAGCCAAGUCUGGGAAAAUGCAAGUCGUGAAAGCAUUGCUUGAGCUUUGGAAAAGUCAGGGUCACAAGACCCUGCUAUUCGCUCAACAUCGCAUCAUGCUCGACAUUCUGGAAAGAUUUAUUGGAUCUAUGAGCGGUAUCACAUAUCGCCGGAUGGAUGGGACAACUCCUAUAUCAACUCGCCAAGGCCUAAUAGACGAGUUCAAUACUAACGUAGACGCCCAUGUGUUCUUGCUGACUACCAAGGUCGGUGGGCUUGGUGUCAAUCUAACAGGUGCGAACCGGGUCAUCAUCUUCAAUCCAGACUGGAAUCCGUCCACCGAUGUCCAAGCUCGAGAGCGUGCAUGGCGUCUUGGCCAGAAGCGUGAAGUCAUGAUCUAUCGUCUCAUGACAGCAGGAACUAUCGAGGAGAAGAUCUAUCAUCGUCAACUAUUCAAGCAAUUUCUCAUCAACAAAAUCCUCCGCGAUCCGAAACAGCGCCAGACAUUUCAAAUGAAAGAUUUGCAUGACCUUUUCUCGCUUGGUGAUGCAACCAACACUACAGAGACAGGCAGCCUUUUCAAAGGUACUGAAGUGAAAUUCAAUAAGAUUGAUGACACACCAGGUUCACCUACGAUGAAUGAUACUCUGCACAAGAACGGUCGCCGAUCUCGGAUAGGGGGAAAGGAUAGUGCUGUAGCCAUCGGCGAGCUUGUCGGUGUGGACCACACGGAACGUUUCUAUGGAGAGGAGGAAGAAGAGCGCAAAGCGGCAGUCCCCGACGCCACCAAUUCCGAUGCCCGCGUCAUGGAGGGCAUAUUCGCUCGCUCCGGUGUGCAUGCGGCUCUCGAGCAUGACCAGAUAAUCAACGGGAAGAAAGCUCUAACAGCAGACCCUCAAAUAAUCGAGAGGGAGGCCAAGCGAGUGGCCACAGAAGCAGCCAAGGAACUCAAAAAAGCCGGUGAGGCUGCGAAGAACACUCCUGUUGGUACGCCAACUUGGACGGGUCAAUUUGGUGUUGCCGGUCGACCUCGAGAACGGCAGCCGCAGCGGCUAGCGCUGGGGCGUGGUCGAGGUGGUCCUUCAUCUGCUAGCAUCCUUGCAGGGUUGCAAAGUCGUCAGGUGGGAAAUGCACUAGGUAACGAUUCCAGAGCUAGUACACCAGGCUCAACAGGCUCGGGUCCCAAAGGGGUAGACUUUAUGCAGAUGAUACGGGAAUACUUGAUCAGGCAAGGAGGCGCAGCGCAUACUCAGAUGCUGAUUGAUCAUUUCAAUCGUUUCUGUAACACUCCAACGAGAACGGCUGAAUUCAAAGCAAUGUUGACAGAGAUCGCAACGUUGGAGAAAGGAACAAGGGGCCGAGGGAAGUGGUGCUUGAAGGAAGAAUACAAGCAGUAA